AUGUCUGCAACAGAAACAACAAACCCUUCUUCUUCUUCUUCUUCUUCUUCUUCUUCUUUUUCUUCUUCUUCUUCUUCUUCUUCUUCUUCUCCUUCUGCUGCUGCUACUCCUGCCGCUGCUGCCGUUGCUGCUGCUGCUGCUGUUGCUGUUGCUGUUGCUGCUGCUGCUGCUGCUGCUUCUCCUGCCUCUACCGCCGCCGCCGCUGUAGCCGCUGCUGCAGGGCAGCUCCAAAACGACCUCGUAGACGCGGGGCUGCUGUGCAGGGUUCGGCUAAGGACCAUGAAGGAGAGGAAAGGAACGGAGCGUCUCGGAGCUGCAGAGAUUUACUCGAGGCAGUGUAUGGUAUUGGGUAUCCUCGGACCCACUGCGAGAUCCUCAAGAGUAGGCAGAUGGGCUGCAGAAGUGUUGCCUCCAUCUCCCCUUUCCCUUCCCCCUCAACAAACCCACCAAACCUCCUUUACUUUUGCCCCACUGGACUACUGGAAGAUGCUUAUGUCCACGGGUUGUCUUGGAGUGGGGGUUGUAGAGCCCUGAGGAAGAGGUCAGAGAGGGUUAUUCCAGAGUCAAUAAGAAAAUAGUUAUUAGGCCCAAUAGCUGGGAAGAGAGGGAAUGCCCGGGUUUGGACAGUUGCAAGAGAGAAAGUAAUGGUACCUCCUGGGCUUCUUUUCUGUGGCCGAGUUUUUUUGAAAGGGAAUAUCCCCUUGGCCAAAAGUGAAGUUCUAUGAUCAGCCUCCUUGUCAGGGCGAUAGAAAAGUGGGAUGAGGAAGCCUCAGAGAGUGUUUUGUUUUUUUUUCCCGCUGUACAAAUCCAGCGUCGGAUCUGUGGCCUGGACUUUUCUACUUUGUGGGUGUUAUUUUAUGGGUAAGUAUGAUGUGUUUGGGACACCCCAUUUUUAUUACAUGUUUCCAGAGCCUUUCUAGAGCUUGUGGAAGCAAAGAGGAAUCUGUGGUGGUAAGGGUACCAGGAACCCAGUGUCUACUGGGGCACAUCGGGUUCUUCCCCUCUGUUUCUUGUGUGCUUUGGCAUCAGGAAAGAGAGUAAUAUGAUUUUAUGGGCUUUCCAAUACACUUCACAACCUGCUCGGUACUCACAACUUCUCCAUUUGAAAUGUUUCUACUUCUAGUAUGGAAAACAGCAGUCAAGUGGAGAAAAGCUAAUAAAAGCCAGGGAUAGGAAAUGCUAAAAUGUCAGCUGAAAGCCCCAAGAUGCCUCUCAUCAUUCCUUUUAAAUAGACACAUAUGUAGAGAAUGUUAAACAUUGAAUAGCAACAUGGUAUAAAGUAAAAUAGAAAGAGUAUUGGACUUGGCUUCCAGAGCUUGGGUUCAGAUCCUGGUAAUGACAUUUAUCUGUGAUUUUGAGCAAGUCAUAUAACCUCUAUAAGCCUACUUCUUUAUGAAUUACUGAUACUUGCUGCUGCCUACUUCCUGAUUGUUGUGUUUUAUAAAGCUUUAACGGUUUAAAAAUAUAUGUAUAUAUGUUUGUGUGUCUAUAUAUAUAUAGACACACAGACAUAUAUAUGCAUUUUGAUUACUUCUCUACAUUAUCAAAAUAUAAAUUUUUGAGUUGGAAGGGAAUUUAGAGGUCAUCUGAGCUAACCCCGGGUUUGUUUUUACAUGUGAAGAAAUGACCCUAGAAAGCUCAAGGGACUUGUACGAGGUGCCUCAGGUAGUAAACGGCACAGCCAGUAUUAGAUCCCAAAUCUGAUCCCAAAUCUUCUGACUACCAAUCUAGUGCUUUUUUCAUUUUAGGUCAAUGCCUUUUCAGUUUUGUUUUUGUUUUAUUUUGUUUUUUAAGUAGCAAAAGUCCAAUACCAACCCACAAGAUUCAUCCAAGAAGGGAAGGGAAUAAGAGAAAGUGGUAUCUCCAAUCCAAUUAACUUCAGCAAGCAUUUAAGUACCUAUUAAGAGCAAAGCCCAGCCCCUCAAGAACUUUACAAAGUGAUAGGGGUGGGGGGGAGAGUGGGUUAUGGAAAAUUAUUUAGCUAGAUGGGUUAUAUAGACAAUCAUUUGAAAGGGGAGAGAGUGACUAAUAGUGACUAGAGAGAUCAGGAAGGACU